UUAAUUGUGCUUCACGGAAGGAAGGAAGGAGACUGCAGAUCACAACCCUGCACUGGCUAGCUAUAUAUACACAUACGCGCGCAAAUCAUUAAGUUCAGGACAGAUACUAACAAUAACAGAGAGAGAGAGAGAGAGAGAGAGAGAGAGAGAGAGAGAUCAGGAUUAAGGUAAGCUGAGGGAGAGGUUGCAACCAUGGCACAGCGGUUGCUGCACGGGGUGAUGGAGGCCAAGGUCCUGGAGGCCAAGCUGUCGUCAGUGUCCUCAGAGGCAUCAGAUUAUGGCCAUGGGCAGCCCAAGCUGGCUGCCUAUAGCAAGAGUCAGAAGCUGCCGAGGACAAAGCUCUUGUCACUAAUCAUGAAGCUGCCGUUCAUCUUCACCUGCCAGAGGUUCGACAAGUCCACUGACCAAGCGCACCACGGCGACGGCAAGUGCCUCGUCUACGCCACCAUUGGCAUGGACGCGGCGCGCGUCGCCCGGACGCGCGCCACCGACCAGCCGCAGUGGACUGAGGAGCCGCUCCACGUCUACUGCGCGCACGACGCCAGCGACAUCGUCUUCACCAUCGUGACGACCGGCGGCCACCGCGACGGCGAUCCUGAAGACGGCACCGCCGAGGAGGUCGUCGGCCAAGCCUACCUGCCCGCGGACGACGUCGGCGGCGGCAAGGAGAUCGACCGGUGGCUCCCGCUCUGCGACGAGAAGAGGAAGCCACUCGAAGGCCUUGACAAGGUUCAUGUCCAGCUCCGGUUCACCGACGUGAUGUCCGACGUCACGUCGCGGUGGGGCAAGGGCGUCGAUGGUCCCGUGCCGCCGCCGCCGUACACCGGGCUGCCCCGCGCUUUCUUCGGGCAGCACCGCGGAUGCAAGGUGACCCUGUACCAGGACGCGCACGUCGCGCCGCCGCUCGCCGGCAGCAGGUGCUGGGAGGACGUGUUCGACGCCGUCGCCAACGCCCGGAGUCUGGUGUACAUCGCCGGCUGGUCGGUGAGCACCGACGUCGCGCUGGUGCGCGACCCGAGGCGGCCCGCGCAGACGCUGGGGCACCUGCUCAAGUCGAAGGCCGGGGAGCGCGUCGCCGUGCUGCUUCUGGUGUGGGACGAUCGGGCGGCCACCGGCCUCGGCGCGGCGCGGCGGGACGGGAGGAUGGGCGCGGCGCGCGGCGAGGACACGGCGAGCUACUUCCGCGGCACGGGCGUGCACUGCGUCGUGUGCCCCCGGGACGCCGUGUUCACGCACCACCAGAAGGCGGUGGUCGCCGACGGCCCGCGCGGCCUCGUCGCGUUCCUCGGCGGCAUUGACCUCUGCGGCGGAAGGUACGACACGCAGGAGCACCCGCUGUUCCGGACGCUCGCCACCGCGCACCGCGACGACUUCCACCAGCCCAGCUUCCCCGGCGCGUCCGUCGCCAAGGGCGGGCCGAGGGAGCCGUGGCACGACGUGCACUGCCGCAUCGAGGGCCCGGCGGCGUGGGACGUGCUCGACAACUUCGAGCAGAGGUGGCGGGGGCAGGGCGGCGCCGGCGGCGAGGCCCUCCUCGCCCGCCUCCCAAGGAGCUCCGCCGCGCGCGAGGCGGUGGAGCAGGACAACCAGGAGUGGCACGUGCAGGUGUUCCGGUCCAUCGACAGCCGCGCGGUGGACCGGUUCCCGGACACCGCCGGCGAGGCCGCGCGGUGCGGCCUCGUCACCGGCGCCACCGGCGACACCGUGGAGCGCAGCAUCCAGGACGGCUACAUCCACGCCAUCCGCCGCGCCAAGUACUUCAUCUACAUCGAGAGCCAGUGCUUCCUAGGGAGCUCCUACGGGUGGAACCGUGACGUCGCCGGCGGCGCCGCCACCGCCAAGAACGCCGCCGCCGCCGCCGUGGCGCCGCACACCAUCCCCAAGGAGCUGUCGCUGAAGCUCGCAAGCAAGAUCAGGUCCGGGGACUCGUUCAGGGUGUACGUGGUGCUCCCGAUGUGGCCGGAGGGCGUGCCGGAGAGCGCCACCGUGCAGGCCGUCCUGGACUGGCAGCGGCGGACCAUGGAGAUGAUGUACAAGGACGUGGCGGCGGCGCUCGCCGCGAGGGGCUCGACGCAGAACCCCAGGGAGUACCUCAGCUUCUUCUGCUUGGGCAACCGGGAGCCGUACGUCCCCGGCGAGCACGCGCCGCCGGAGCGGCCGGAGCUCGACAGCGACUACAUGAGGGCGCAGCAGGCCAGGCGCUUCAAGAUCAACGUCAACGCCAACAUCAUGAUAGUGGACGACGAGUACAUCAUCGUGGGGUCGGCGAACGUGAACCAGCGAUCCAUGGACGGCGGCAGGGACACGGAGAUGGCGAUGGGCGCGUACCAGCCGCGGCACCUGGACACCCCGAACUCGUGGCCGAGGGGGCAAGUGCACCAGUUCCGGCUCGCGCUGUGGCGGGAGCACCUCGGCCAGGCGGCGUUCCAGGCCGCCGCCGCCGCCGGCGACGACAUGAUCUACCCGUCGCGCCAUGGGUGCAUGAGCCGGGUGAACCAGGCCGCGCGGCAGCACUGGGACAUGUACGCGAGCGACAAGUUCCAGGGGAGCCUCCCCGGCCACCUCAUGGCGUACCCCGUCGGCGUCGGCGACCGCGGCGAGCUCUGGGAGGCCGUCCCUUUCUUCCCGGACACCAACGCCAAGGUGUUCGGCUGCAGCUCCGACGAGCUUCCACCGGUCCUCACCACAUGAACUUGUGCUAGCCUCCAAUCACAAUAAUUAAUAUAUAUAUAUAUAUAUAUGCAGCGAAAAUGUAUUGCUUGUUGUACGAAAAUAUAUGAGGUGGUGAUUUGUGAAUAAAACCAUGGUGUAUGAAAAUGCAUAAAAUGCUUCUGCUGCAGUUGUAAACAUGAACUGUACUAAUUUAUGGAUUUGUGAUAUGAGCUA